AUGGAAGGCAUGAACAGCGGCCACAUGCCCCGCGUGAACGGGUCGACCGCCAUUCCCCACCGCCACAAGAUGAUGAUGAUGCACAUGACCUUCUACUGGGGCACGCGCGCCGAGAUCCUCUUCUCUGGCUGGCCGGACGCGCGGAUCGCCAUGUACGCCGUCGCCCUCCUCUUCGUCUUCGCCCUCUGCGUCCUCGUCGAGUGGCUCUCCCACUGCCGCCUCCUCCUCGCCAAGCCCGGUGUCGCCGUCGGCGUCUUCCGGUCGCUGCUGCACGCGCUGCGCAUGGGGCUCGCGUACCUGGCGAUGCUGGCGCUCAUGUCCUUCAACGCCGGCGUGUUCCUCGCGGCAGUCGCGGGGCACGCGGUGGGGUUCCUGGCGUUCGCGAGCGGGGCGUUUGGGAGGCUGGGGUACGCGGAGGAGGCCACCUCCGAUCUGCCCCCGAUGAGCUGCUGAUUCGCGGCGGGAGCG